AUGCCUGGGAUGUUUCAAGCCACGCCUGUAUCCUUGUCCUUUCUCAUUUUGCCACUCGCUGUGACCUUAAUCCUUGGAGCGCUAGCCUGGUCUCGCAUAUCGUCAUCAUUCCUUCCGCUGCCAUCAUGGCUUCCAGUCCUCGUGACUUUACUCUCCCCUUUGACUGCUGCUGCCCUAGCCGUCUCCAAUACAUCCAGCAGAAGCGGCGCUAAUGCCAAUACGCCACGGACCCGGGUUGUUUCGAUAAUCGACCAACUUCAUUCCAUCCUCUUAUCUGCAAUUGCGAGUGUGGCCUUGGCAUACCUCUUCCCUGGCAAUAUACUUGCCUGUCACCUUGAGCAGCAAUGGCAGGGCUUUUUCCAGUCGAAGAACGCGCAUGCUAUUCGGACCAUCCAGGAUACGAAUCAAUGCUGCGGACUUCGUAGUGUUCAUGACAGGGCGUGGCCAUUCAAAGAUCGCGACCAUGGUGACAACGCUUGUGAAAUGCAGCUUGGAUACCACCGCAGUUGCCUGACUCCAUGGAGGGUACAGCAACAGAAUGUUUCUUGGAUGAUCUUCGCUGCUGCUGCUUUAAUUUGGGCGACUAAGGUUGGAUUUGUCCAGUUUGGAGGCCAUCGCGCCAGUUGGAUGAGCACUGCCUCAUCGAGGAAUAACGGCGAAUAUCGAAGGAUCACGCAGCCGGAAUUGCGGGAUGCAGAAGCGGAAGGUAAUGGUGAUACUGAGCGUGGAACUAGUGCAAACUCGACAUUUUCGCCUCAUGCUGGGCAUAAUGUCUGGGAGGAGCGUUGA